ACCUUCCCCACCAAAACGUUUCUUUCAGGUAUUUAAAAAACCUGAAAGAGUAAAAAAUACUGUUAAAGCACAAACAUGUGUAUUGUCGCCUCGUUGGGUUUUAAUAUUUUGUUCCGAUCAUUCUAGAGAUAGUAAUAUGCCUAUUCAAAUUUAAAAUCAAUAUUCAAAACUGUGACGUGUGUUCAACUUAUCACAUGGAAAAUUAUUGGAUAAAAUUUGACUCUAGUUAGUGGAUAUCAGUUAUACUUUAUUCUUCACAAGCUUAUAAAAUUAUAUACAAUUAACAUGAGUUGCUAACUAAUUAUAUUAGUAUUUAACUAAUUUUUUUAAAAGUUUUCAUACUAAAAUAUUUUAUUAAGAGAUUCAUAUUGGAUACAUAAUGUCUUCUUCUUAUAAUAUUUUUAUCCACAAAAGAAAAUUAAAAUAAAGAUUUUGGAUGAAAAAUAAACGUGACAAUAGUUCUAUUUUACAAAAUUUGCUAAACAAUGGAAGUGCAGAAGAAUAUGCUUUCUAAUAUAAUAAAACAUAUAUACAUCGUCAUCUCCAUCCCUAAACCCUUUAUAAUGCUUUACACUCUAGUAAUAAGUAAUAACCAACCCAACUCUUGUUUUACAAUUACAUAUUCUUAAGAAACCACAAUGGCUUCAAUGACUCUUGGUUCAUUGGUUCACCAUCACCAUCACCAUCAUCCAUCUCCUUGUUCUAUCUUUACCCGAUCUUCUUCCUUCAUGACUCUUAAACCCAUCGUCAUCAACUCAAAACGCACCGUUUCAUCAUCAUCUUCCUACAUCGUCUCCUCUUCCGUCGUCACAAAAGAGGACAACCACAAUUACAAAUCACCAUCCUUCGACUUCAUGUCUUACAUGGUACGUAAAGCCGAAACCAUCAACACAGCCUUGGACUUGGCCGUUCCUCUCCAAGAACCACUCAAGAUUCACGAAGCCAUGCGCUACUCCCUCCUCGCCGGAGGCAAGCGCAUCAGACCCCUUCUAUGCAUCGCCGCUUGCGAGCUCGUCGGAGGCGAAGCCCCCGUCGCUAUGCCGGCAGCUUGCGCCGUCGAAAUGCUCCACACCAUGUCGUUGAUCCACGACGACCUCCCGUGCAUCGAUAACGACGAUCUCCGCCGCGGGAAACCCACGAACCACAAAGUCUUCGGCGAAAACGUCGCCGUUUUAGCCGGAGACGCGCUUCUUCCCUUUGCCUUCGAGCAUCUAGUGACGGCCACGAGUCCCGAGGUCUCUCCGGUGAGACUGGUUCGAGCCGUGGGAGAGUUGGCUAAAGCCGUUGGCGUGGAAGGCGUUGCGGCUGGACAAGUGGCGGAUAUAAGCAGCGAAGGGUUAGACUCAAACGAAGUCGGAUUAGAGCAUCUGGAGUUUAUCCAUUUGCAUAAAACGGCGGCGUUGCUUGAAGCGUCUGCGGUGUUGGGUGGGAUCGUUGGAGGAGGGAGUGAAGAUGAGAUCGAGAAGCUGAGGCAGUACGCGAGGUGUGUUGGUUUGUUGUUUCAAGUGGUUGAUGAUAUCUUGGACGUCACGAAAUCGUCUCAAGAACUGGGGAAAACUGCUGGGAAAGAUUUGGUUGCUGAUAAACUAACGUAUCCGAAGAUUAUGGGUUUGGAGAAAUCGAGAGAGUUCGCUGAGAAGUUGUGUAGAGAUGCUCGUGAACAGCUUUUAGGGUUUGGUUCCGACAAGGUCGCUCCUUUGUUGGCUUUGGCUAAUUACAUUGCAAAUAGACAGAACUGAAGUGUGUUUUCUUCCUUACUUGUUGGAAUCAUUCGAGAUUUUAUUCUCUGGUCGUGUUUCAGAUUGAAUUGUAUAAAAUAUUGGAGAAGCUGAAACAACAGAUUCUUGUGCUUGUUGUUGUAAUCUCUAUGCUUCCGUGUAUUACAAGAUAGGAUAGUUAUGGGUUUAAUACUAUGAGAUCCAUGUUUGUAGGUUCUGACUAAAUCGUUUAGUCCAUUAGGAACCUUUUAAGGCCCAGAUUGUAGCACUGGGCUAUGAAAACCGAUUCAAUAUACGUUUUUAAUAGUUCUUGACCUUAAACAAUUUUUCUGAGAGUGAAUUUUGAGGUUUGGUGAUGAAACAGGCUGGCAAACUUAAGUGGUCAAGAUAAAUGACAGAACAUACACGUUGAUCUAGACAUGGACCACGAAUACCACAUGGGCGUGGCCCAUCCCAUGCCGGGGUUCCCACUUGAACCAAUUAAACUGAGAUGUGUUUUGCGUUUUCUCUGAUCGUUUUUAUAGAUGUGAAUUGUGAACUAGCAAGCCACAAGUACGAAUACUGAAUAAUACACUUAAUGAAUUUCAUCUGUACUUCUAAGAUAAAUCUUUUAUAUUUUAGUCAAAAACUUUCACAAUCAUCAACUUGAUAAUUCAUCAAAAUCAUUGCAAUAAGAGUUUUGGUACAAGGUUAUCUCAUGUAGGAAAAUAUCAUUGCAAAUUGUUACAAAACGGUCAAGAGAUCCAAAAAGCUAGAAAAAUGGUCCUAGCUAACUUUGGUCUUAUAUGAAUUUAGACAAGGCGAAAUUAUAUAAGGUCUAUUUUAGAUGCAAAAUAAAUGCAAAGAUAGUAUUGGGAAAUGGAGAGGCUCCAGACCAUGAGAAUGUUGGUCCCUUGGUCCUUCACACAUAAAAACAGUUUUGCUUCUUUUGUUUUUCUUGAUUUGAUGCCAUUUAUCUUCCAAGUAAGACAAACACUAUGGUAUCUUUUUAGCUUCUUUUUUUUUUCAUUCUCUUCCUUCUUUCUUCCUCAAGAAACACAUCAUGGCCAAGUCAAUCGUCAUUUUCUAUACAGUCUUACUUCGUUACAACUUACAUGUACUAUAUAGUCACAGUCAUGCCUGGCACAUGACUUAACUCGCUGAGAUGUUGAAACUUUAUACGUCAAAAUACAAAAGACCAAAAAUCAUUUUCCCUCUUUUUCGUUAAUUAUUAACGUUAAGAGGGGAGCUGGGUUUGAAUACACAUGGAGCAUUGUAUUUUUUCAUAUAACAGUCAUCGGUUUUUACUUAUGAUAUCUUUGUGAUAGAUAUACCUGAAUUUCAGUCUUUGUAUAUCAAUCCUAGUGUGUAUAUCAUAAAACUCUGACUGUUAUAACUGUCAAAAUUAUAGAUGCUCUCAGUUUUUAAUUUAAUAUUAGAAUUGUGUGCGGGUACUUAUUUUCACUUUUAUAUACAUAAAUAUUAUUUAAAUGUUUAUUAGUUAAUAUUUUAAAUAUUAUCAUAUUUUCAAAUGUUUUUAAGCACAAUAAUUAGAUAGUACAAAUGCUGUAAAAAAAUAUUGACACGUACGCCAUACUAAACCUUCGACAAAUAUUAACCCAUUGAUAUGUUUGAGUAAUAUUUCUUUUAACACGAAAUUGUUUCCCAAAUUUAAUAAUAUUUUAAAUAUUUUGAUUAGAUAUGAGCUAAAUUGCGAGAUUUAGAUACAUCAGAAAAGAAUAUUCAGUUAUAAACAUUAAAUAUUUUUUUACAUGUGAUUCAAUGAUAUUUAAAUCUUAAUAUACAUAUAUUUUAUUUUUAAAUAUAAUUUAUAGUAACUUAAAUGGUUAAAAAUAUAUUUUAGAAAAUAUUUUAUAUAUAUAUAUAUAUGUAUAUAUAUAUAUUUAGGUGAGAUUUAGAUAGAUUAAAAAUGAAUAUUAUGUUAUAAGCAAUAUAUAUUAUUCUACAUGUAAUUCAAACAUAUUUAAAUCUUAGAAUAGAUAUAUUUUAUUGUUGAAAAUAAUUAAUGUUAACCGUAAUAGUUAAACAUACAUUUCUGGAAUAUUCAAAAUACAUAUACUGUAUUUUAGGUCUUACAAUCUAAAUGCAUGGAGUUGAUAUGAUACUUGGAAAAUAUUACAUAAUAUUAUUAAAAAUCGUUUUUAAACUUAAAUUUUCCUAAAAUUUAGCUAAAUCAUUUUAGUAAAUAUGUUUAACACAAAGGGGGUGAUUGGUUGAGGUGUAACUGUAGAAAAUUUACUUUAAAAUUUAGUCUGUAUGAUUUUUUUAUUUAGCUUUAAGAGAUGUAUCUUUAAAAUUUCAUACAGCUAAAAAGAUGGAGCUUUAGAAAAUAAGACUUUUACAGCUAUUUUUUUUGCUGCAGCUUUAAUUUUUUGGUUGUACCUUUAAAAACUAAUAUAAAGCAUGAUUGAUGGUUUUAAGGCUGUAGAUAAAAAUUAAAUCUAAAGUCACUUGCUACAGCCCAACCAAUCACCUUCAAAGUUUUAGCUAAACUUGAUUUAGGAAAUGAUUUAAUAAAAUAGAAGAAAACAAUGAUUACUUAAAGUUAAGGUUAUUUAAUACUUCAAUGACAUUGACUUAUAAAUAAAUUGUAAAUUUAUGGUGAAUUUGUAUUUGUAAUUCUCUUUUAAUAAUAUAUAUAUAUAUACAAAAUCUUGAUUAGUAUAUAUAUAUAGUCUAGUAUAUAUUUAUAGUCUAGCAAAAAGUAACCAUACGAAUAAAGUGAACAACAGGGAAAUGUAGA